GACAAUGGGCGAGCAACCGAUUGUCAAGGCCAAGGAAGCCGAGGAGCCUUUUCUCCAGCACAAAGAAGCCCCCGAGAAUCAAACGGAUGAACCAGAUGAGGAUACAACCUGUGGCUUUUGGAUAUUUAAGGGGAAAUCCCUGCAAAGUUUCGCUACCGAGAGAAUGUAUGUGACAUUGUAUGGCAUUGCGGGAUGUACCAUUGCGAUGACCUUUGCCUAUUUUAAUGGCACUAUAACCACCUUGGAGAAACGCUACAAGAUACCCACUCAAAUGUCGGGCAUUAUUUCGGUUGGCAAUGACAUGUCAACCAUGUUCGCCUCGGCUCUAUUGGGUUACUAUGCGGGUUCGGGACAUCGUUGUCGUUGGAUGGGAGUUGGACUCCUUACCUUUGUGAUAUUUUGCCUGUUGACCAGCUCAUUGCACUUCCUGUAUGGAGCUGGUGAUGAAGCCUUGAAAUUGACCCGUGAAUUUGGUGCUGCCAAUGGCUCGGAGCAUAUUAUGCAUUUGGAGAAUAAUCGAGCAAAACUUUGCCAACAAAAUGCCAGUUCAUCCUGUGUGCAGGAGAGUGAUGCUUGGAUACCACAAGCUGUGCUACUUACAGCCCAAGUCAUAUCGGGAGUGGGCCAGGCUCUGUUCUAUGUCCUGGGCAUAUCCUAUAUGGAUGAUAAUCUCACCAAGGCCAAAUCGGCAGUCAUGUUGAGUCUCUCUACAUUUUUGAGAAUGUUGGGUCCAGCAAUUGGUUUCUCUUUGGCUGCCUUUUGCCUGCGACUCUAUAUAGAACCUUCUUUGGAACCUCUGAUCACACCGAAAGAUCCUCGCUGGCUUGGUGCCUGGUGGCUGGGCUGGUUAAUCCUUGCUGCUGCAGUCCUGGCGUCUGCCGUCUUCAUGUUUUUCUUUCCCAAAGAGUUGCCCAGUGCCAAGGCUAGGCGGAUGUUGGAGAAGCCAGAAACUAAACACCUGCAGCCCAAAGAUCUUUCUGUCGGGGACAUGAUGAUUGCCAUUCGUCGAAUACUGAGCAAUAAGGUGUUCAUAUUGAAUACCUUCUCCUCGAUCGUCUAUUUCUUUGGCUAUAUGGUCUAUUGGAUAUUUACACCGAAGUACAUAGAGGUUCAGUAUAGACAGUCGGCGGCUGUGGCCACCAUGGCCACGGGAACAAUAGCUUUGGGUUUCUCGGCAGCUGGAGUUCUGCUCUCUGGCUAUGUGCUAUCCAGGUAUAAGCCAAGUGCCAGACUUUUGGCUGCAUGGAAUGCCACAGUGGAUUUUCUAACUGUGGCCGGAAUGGUGGGUUAUGUGUUCAUUGCUUGUGAGGGCAGUGACAAUGUCACCAAUAUGACAAUCUCGCGUCAGGCUAACGAUACCUGCAGUCCCUCGUGUCAUUGUGACUAUGUGGCAUAUGCUCCCAUUUGUGGACCUCAGAAUGUGACCUAUAUAUCGCCAUGUCAUGCGGGUUGCAUGGACACGGGCAAAGAUGAUUUGGGUCAAACAAUUUUCACAAAUUGCCAAUGCAUGGGGAAUUCCUCAAUAUUUCUCGGCAAUUCCAGUCUCAGCAGUGAGUUACCCUUUGGCGUGGAUGGUCCUUGUCCAGUGGAUUGUUUUGGACAGUUUAUCACCUUCUUGGUGGUCAUGUGCAUCCUGAAACUAUUUGGUGCCUCUAGCAAGAAUACUGGCAUCCUUAUCAGUCUGCGGUCUGUUUUGCCCGAGGAUAAGAGUUUUGCCCUCGGUCUGGGAUCAAUGGUGGCUUCGAUCUUUGCCUUUAUACCAAGUCCCAUAUUUUUUGGUUGGCUAAUUGAUAACUAUUGUUUGGUUUGGGGUAAAACCUGCUCGAGUAAGGGCAAUUGUUGGCUCUAUGAUACCAAGUCGAUGAGAUAUGCCAUGAAUCUGACUGCUGCGUUUUGUGUAUUUUUGGGAGGUUUACUCAACAUUGCCGUUUGGUAUUAUGCCAAAGAUCUAAAGAUAUUCGAUGCAGAGGAUGAAAAGAAACCAAAAAAUCAUAAUUUAGAUGAUAUCAAAUUAAGCUCUUUGAGGGCCAGUAGCAAGGAUUUGCAAUUUUAAUUUUUAUUAAAUAAAUAAAUCAUGUAUUCAUUGCUAAUUUUCUUACUUGAAUUCA